GGUAACCUGGCUGAGCGCGGCGAGCCUGCCUGUCCCGCCGCUGCUGCCGCCCGGCCGGGGUGGCCGCCGUUGCCAGGGAGCGGUUCGUUCCUCCUCGCUGGGCCGCCGACCCGGAAGCGCUUUAGCCCAGCCUCGCUCGGUGGCGGGGGCCGAAGAUGGCCGAGUCCCCGGAGGAGGUGGCGGUGCUGGUGCAGCGGGUGGUGAAGGACCUUAACAACGCCUUCAAGCGGAACCCCCACAUAGAUGAAAUUGGGUUAAUACCCUGUCCUGAAGCCAGGUAUAACCGGAGCCCUAUAGUCCUGAUAGAAAACAAGCUUGGCGUGGAGAGUUGGUGUGUCAAGCUUCUUUUGCCAUAUGUCCACAACAAACUCCUCCUCUAUAGACAAAGAAAGCAAUGGCUGAACAAAGAUGAAUUGAUAGAUAUCACAUGUACGCUGCUGCUACUAAACCCAGACUUCACCACUGCAUGGAAUGUAAGGAAAGAACUAAUAUUAUCUGGCACUUUAAGUCCAGUUAAGGAUUUACAUCUUGGAAAACUGGCAUUAACUAAGUUUCCGAAGAGUCCAGAAACAUGGAUUCACAGACGAUGGGUGCUGCAACAACUAAUUCAGGAAAACUCCUUGCCAACUCUUGUAACUAAAGGGAACUUGGGAACAGUGCCUGUGGAAAGAAUUCAACGAUUAGUGCAGGAGGAAAUGGAUGUCUGUUGUGAAGCUGCUGGGAGAUAUCCAAGCAACUACAAUGCCUGGUCCCACCGUAUCUGGAUUUUACAGCAUUUGGGAAAGCUGGAUGUCAAGAUUCUCCUUGAUGAACUUUCUUCUACUAAACAUUGGGUGUCCAUGCAUGUUUCAGACCAUAGUGGAUUCCACUACCGUCAGUUCUUAAUAAAGUCUUUGAUUGGCAGAACUGUGACCGACAAUUCUAUACUGGUGCAAAAUCAGCUGGUAAAUGAGCCAAUCCCCAGUCUUCCAAAGGAUGAAAAAAAUGAAGCGUCUGAAGCUGCUUGUACAGAAGAACUGAGGGUAGAUCUCCCCAAUCUUCUAAAGGAAGAGUUGGAGCUCUGCACUGACCUUAUUGAUACCUUCCCUGGGCAUGAAACGCUGUGGUGUCACAGACGACACGUGUUCUACCUUCAGCACCAUUUAAACAACAAACUUCCUCUUCCAAAUGUACAGUUGACAUCUGUGGACAGCAGUGAUGGAACUUUGAAUAAUUCACACCCCAGUACAGCAGUCAGUCAUGUGACUCAUGCCAUGGAUGUUGAUGGUUUAAAUGAUUCAAGCAAACAAGGCUAUACUCAAGAAACCAAACGCCUGAAGCGUGCCCCUAUACAGGACUCUCUUGGCUUGGAAAUGGAAUACAGGUUCAUUGAUAACAUUUUAGCAACUUGCAGAGACGUAGAGCAGGACAGGUUUGCUGCUGAAUACAGGAAAUGGCUAGUUACUUUUCUAGGUCAGUGAAGGAAGUUUACAACCUUCAGGUUCCUCUUUUAGUGCAAUAUUCUCGUAUCAAACACAUGUAUGUCACGGUUGCAAGUGUUGGCUACCCAUAUGCUUCU